AACCUCAUUCGAUUUUUUUGGAAUAAAACCGACAUCCCCACAUUUUUGAUUUCGAGGCUUGGUUUCUACGGCAGUUGCGUCGACUGUUUAUCAUAUCGGUGCUAAAACAGAGGAUGCCGCACCUACAGGACGACAUGGCGGAACAGAAACGCAUCGAAAAUUCUGGCGUUGGUACGAUGCAAGGCAUGGAGAUCUCACCACCUCGAACAGACGAAUUGCCUAUCAAGGUAGCGAGACCGAACUUCUUGGCUUCCUCUGAUCCUGUCGUUGCAAUGGCUAAAAAAGUCUCAGCUGCCGUUGUAGAAUCGUCUUUCGAUUCCGUUGGCACUGAUUCUUAUCAGAGUGCGUCGUCUCCUCCGCCCGGCCGAAUCGUCAAGAAUGUCAUUAGUCCAUCGUCAAGCAUUGGUCAGAUUACUUCCACUACGAAUAGUUCGUCAACCGUUGACGUCCAAAAGAGUAAUUCGUCUCCUGUGUUGACUUUAGCCAGUGCUCGUCUCUCCCAUUCGCCGCUUUUGGUCAAGAGACGAGUUUCUCAGAGUGAGGACGAGGAAUUUUCAAAUAAAACUUCAAAAGAUUUAAGAUCAGAUUCUCCUUUUAUCGCGGGAACUGGGCGUCCAUCCAUUAUUCGCCGUGGCUCUUCCCUUGUAUUAGGUAAGCGAGCCACGAAAGCUGAUACUGGGAGUCAGAAAACAUCACAAUCUACACCAAAAAAAGUGAAAAUCGAAGAGAGCUCAGGGGUAUCGGCUGAGUCGGCAAAGACUAGUUCCCCGAAUAAUACGGAACAUUCUGGCGCCAUCGAUGCAGUUGCAGCUGCUUCUGCCAUGACAGCUAUGAGAAAUAAAAUUCCUGUUCCCUCUGCACCAACGUCAAAAGUGAAGGGGACGGCCACGACCAGCGGAAAGCGACAGCUGGCAUCCACAAACCAKCAUACUUAUACUCCUCCACAUCAAGGCUUUCACCCAAGUGCUGUUGUACCGACAACAUUUCACCCUCAUUUGCAUUCGUUUGCAGGACAUGCAUUUGGCCCAAACGGUACCUAUCCUAUGGUUUAUCCUGGAUAUCCUCCUCACGUUCCUCCCAGUACUGCGCCUCCGUUAAUGCUUCCUCAAUUUCAUGGGCAUCCUGUCCAUGGUUUUUAUCCAUACCCUCCCGCAUUUCAUCCUCAUCCAUUGAAUCAACGCGGUGGACAGCACAUACCAGGUCUUGUGACUCCCCACGCACACAUUCCAGCUGCAACUUUCCCACCACCUACAAAAUCUUCGGGUAACGGUACUAAAAACCUUGAUUCGAAAUUAGAACAAUGUGUGAAUAGUGCGACUACAAGUGAGUCUGGAGCUGACAGAAAGCCAGUCAGUGCCAACCGUUGUGUUCCGCUCCAAGAACCCGUUCCGUCAAAGCAUUGGGGGUAAGUUGAAUUGCAAAUCACAAAAACUGCAUCCAACGGUUGUAAUUCUCAUAGAGAGAGCACCUACCAAUUAUUUCCUAAAAUCUUACUUCUUCAAUCGUUUUAUUGACCGUGUGAUUGACUCUACAGGAAAGCCGAAAUUACCAAGAAAGUGGUCCUCCCCGAUUUUCACAGACUCGUCAACUACCCUGCUUACUUGUCGAAGUCACGUGGCAUCGCUACUGGAGACUCUAGUGCUUCGAAAGCCAUCGCAGGCAAGAAACAUUGUGUCAUGUG